CGUCACCCGCCGCCGACACCCCCUCCCCUGGCCCGAUGCGCCUCCUGGCGCCGCCGGACCGCCAGCACCACCGGACGCCGCCGGAUACCCGGAAUCCCGCGCGCCGCCGCCGCCCACGAGUCCGCCCCCGGGACCAAUCACUCCACCACGCGCCGGCGCGUGGCCCGCCGGAUGUCCUAGACGCCGCUGCUACUCCUCCACUGCUCCGCCAACCUCGUCCUCAUCCCGUCGCCGUGUUCUUCGACGAGGUCGCCGCCCGGAGGUCCACGAGCGCAAAUCCACUCCCGAGCUCCCUGCCGGCAGCCCCACCCUCGACCUUCUUCCUGCAUAUGCGCGACCCAGAAAACAAGUAAUGGCUAUGCUCUCCCGUCGGUUACCCCUCCCGCCGACCGGCCAGGUCCACCCAUCUGAACUUCCUGCGACAAACACUCCAUUUCCUUCCCCGUAGCAGUGGAGACGAGCAGACAAAUGUUCUUCUCCUGCUCGCCCUGGGUAGUGUUUGAGUCUGAUGGCCGAAGUGGAGACGAGGAGAGGUGGUCAAUGGCGCCUGGAUUGCGAAGUGGUGAGGUGUUCUUGCAUGUUCGUUGCUUCCACUAAUGG